AUGAAGAAAAAUGCAGAAGCCUCUGAAAGACAAGGAAAAGUCGAAAAGAAAUGCAUCCAGGACAUGCUAAAAGAAAACGACUGCGAAACUCUGGAGGAGCUUAAAAAUUUAAUAACCUUCCUGAACAGCGAAAAUAAAAGGCUGCACUCAGUGAACAUUGAAUCGCUCAAAAAAAUAAACAUCCUUACUGUCAGGGUGAAGAAUUUAGAAAGCUUAGCAAAAAAUUAUGACCAGUCUUAUGAAAAUGGAAAGAGCUACAAGGACAAGUUAGAGCAGCUGAGCCACAAAGUGAAUGCGCUCAUGGGUUACGCAAAGGACAAACAAAACGAGUGCUGCGAACUGAUCGGAGAGCAAGACAAGUACUUUAGAAACUUCUUCGCAAAUCUGAAUAAAAUAAUCGAAUCGAUUGUUUCGUUCAACGUGCAUGGUGCCCAAGGAGUAGGUAAUGCCUGUCCUCGUGUGAGCAGCCCCGUUGAUGGGGAAACCUACCGUCAAAUGGGCAAGCCCAAAGGGUCCCCUUCGGCUUGUACAUCCGACGAUGACGAUAAAAAUUACGGUUACGCCAAUUCGGAAGAUGAAGAUAACGACAACGCACAAAAAAACGAAGACCAAAUACACACAAAACGGUCUAAUUAUAUAACCGAGACAAAGGGACGAACGCAUAACAGAAUCAACAUACACGGUGCAAUAUCCAACCAUCCCGAUAUAUCCCCACUUGAUGAGUCACGAAUGAAAGGAGAACAGGACAGAUGCGAUCAGAGAAUCGAUAAAAUAAAAAGUUUAUGCGAGUCAUUCAAAAAUAUAGAAAAUGAUGAGUCUUCCAAAUCAGCCAAUUCUGAUGGAAGUAGAAAACCAAAUGUGAAUUAUCCCAUUUCGUCAAAGCAAAAAAAAAAAAAGAAAAAAAAAACAGUAGAUAGUCAGCCUGAUGAGCCAUUUUAUUCAGAAUUUGAAAAUGAGCAUAUGCAGGAGUACCAACUGGAGAAUGACGAAGACAUCAAACUGGUCCAUAGUGCAAAUUUAGGGGAUGGAAAAAUACGUGAAAAAAUGACGUACAAAAAAAAAACCGGAACAAAAGUGGAUGCACACAACAGGCCAGACAAUAUUCUCGAUUAUGAUAAGGACAUAAAAAAAAAGUUCAACAAUUUGGUAAACGACACAAGUGGUUGUAGUAGUGGUGGUGGGGGAAAUAAAAAAAAUCAUGAGGUGGGUGUAAAGAACCCUUCCAAUAAAGUUCAUAGUGCUCAAAGCAACAUCAUAGACAUUUUAAAUAAUCGAAUGAAUAAGGCCUCCUUGGAGCACAUAGAAAAUUGCACUACUCCAAAGUACGUCAAAUAUAAUACCAUACAUCGCGAAAUUAUGAAUCCGCGUCAGCACUUGGUUAAUCAAAACAAAAAUUCUGUUGAUCAUAUUAUUUGCCUGUAA